AGAUAUCGCGAGAGGAAAGAAGAUCAGCCGUGGGUUGAAGUUUGCUGCGUGAAGCGCGGUCCAAUAUGGCGUCUACCAACUGAGAGGGGGAAGAGGCGGUAGGUAGAAACCGAAGGGGGGAAAUGGCGACGAAGGAGCGUGGUGGAGGCUCAGACAACCCCGCUGAUGGGACGGACAGCGGCAGCGUGGACGCGGUGUUGCCCGGAUUUAAAGAUGCCGAUUCCUUCGUUAAGCAUGCCCUUGGCACGGUGGUGUCUGCCACCAAAGCUUCAAGUGGCCUCCCUCUGCCGGGAGACGAAUACGACUUCUACCGCAGCUUCCCAGGUUUCCAGGCAUACUGCGAAACGCAAGGUGACAGGUUGCUGCACUGCAUGAGCAAAGUGAUGCAGUACCACGGUUGCCGCAGCCACCUCAGGGACCGCAGCAAAGUCACGGAACUGGAGGAUAAGUUUGAUCUGCUGGUUGACGCCAAUGAUGCCAUCUUAGAAAGAGUGGGCAUGCUGUUAGAUGAAGCGGCAGGCGUCAACAAGAACCAGCAGCCUAUCCUCCCCUCCGGCUUGCAACCUCCCAAGACCAUCAUUUCCAGCUGGAACCGCAAGCAGACUGGAGAAGCCAACAAGCAGGCAAGGUCGGAAACCUACCGUUUGCUCCACGCCAAGAACAUCGCCCGGCCUCAGCUCAAGUUCCGCGAGAAGGUGGACAAUUCCAACACCCCCUUUGUCCCCAAGCUCUUCAUCAAGCCCAACGCCCUGAAGCCACUGCCGGAAGUGCUCUCAAAAAGCAGACGGGAACGGAAGGAGCGCCCAGAGGAUUUCGACGUGCCAGCCGCCUUGGCCGAUUUCCUUCAUCAGCAGAGGACCCAACAGACCGAGCAGGACAUGUUUGCUCACCCAUACCAGUACGAGCUGGCACAUUUUUCACCGCCAGCUAAGCUUCUCAAAAAACCCCAAGUCCAGAUGUUCAGGCCUGUUUCGGAGACGCCUUGCCACUUUGUCUCCACUGUGGAUGAGCUGGUGGAGAUGAAUGAGAAGCUUAUGAGCUGCAAGGAGUUUGCCUUGGACUUAGAGCACCAUUCCUACCGGAGCUUCCUGGGGCUGACGUGCCUGAUGCAGAUUUCCACCCGGACGGAAGAUUUCAUCAUCGACACGUUGGAACUGCGUAGUGACUUGUACAUUUUGAACGAGACCUUCACAGACCCUGCAGUUGUCAAGGUCCUGCACGGUGCCAACUCGGAUGUGGAGUGGCUCCAGCGAGACUUCGGCCUGUACUUGGUGAAUAUGUUCGACACUCACCAGGCAGCUCGGCUCCUCAAUCUCGGCAGGCACUCCCUGGACCACUUGCUCAAGCUCUAUUGCAGCGUGGACGCCAACAAGCAGUACCAGCUAGCUGACUGGAGGAUACGACCACUCCCAGAAGAGAUGCUCCAUUAUGCCCGCGAUGACACACAUUACUUGCUCUACAUCUAUGACCAAGUGAGAGAGGAGCUGUGGGAGAAAGGCAACAGGCAGCCCGCUCAGCUCCAGGUGGUGUGGCAGCGGAGCAAGGACAUCUGCUUGAAGAAAUACGUCAAACCCAUCUUCACCGAAGACUCGUACCUCGAGCUCUACCGGAAGCAGAAGAAGCACCUCAACAGCCAGCAGCUUGCGGCCUUUAGGUUGCUCUUUGACUGGCGGGACAAGAUGGCGCGCCAGGAAGAUGAAAGCACAGGGUAUAUCCUGCCAAACCACAUGCUGCUCAGAAUAGCUGAGGAACUCCCCAAGGAGCCCCAGGGCAUCAUCGCCUGCUGCAACCCAGUUCCGCCACUCGUUCGCCAGCAGAUCAAUGAAAUGCACCUUCUAAUCAAGCAGGCCAGAGAGAUGCCGCUGUUAAGGUCUGAACUUGCAGUUGGCGUGAAAAAGAAAGGACCUCUUCGAAAUGCAGAGAAGCCAGAGAAUCGCUUGUUUGGACCUCACGACGGCUCCCACGUUCCUCAGGAUGAGAAGCUGAACCACUUGGACCUAGCGCCUGGGCCAGCCCUGGAGCAGGCCUGCCUCUUUUCAGAAGCGGAGCAGGAAACAGACAGGUUGAGUGAGCCGCCAGGUUCCCCCUGCCUCCUGCUGAGAGCCAGCAUCGGUAUUUUUAACGAGCCUGAAGCGAGUGAAGAGAAGGGUGAGACCUUAACAACUGCACAGCAGAAAGCCCGCCGUAUCAUGGAGUCCUUCGAAAACCCGUUCCGAAUGUAUUUGCCAGCAGACCAGAACCCUGCUCACGUCUCCCAGUCGGCAAAGUUUGAUCCAUCAUCGAAAAUCUAUGAGAUCAGUAAUCGGUGGAAGCUCCUAAGCCAGGCACAGCUUCAAGCAGUGGCAAAGAAAGAGCCCACUAAGAAAAAGCUUCAGCAGACAGCAGUCCGUGAGGCUGCCGAGAAGAAACACAACGAUGAAGCGGCCAAUGCCGUCUCUGUCCGCCAGCUGGUCACACAAGAACAAGCCAGCCAGAAGCGGGAGAGAGUGGAAAGCGACCCACUGGCAGAGGCACCCAAGCGCGAGAGGAAAAAAGCCAAACCUUCCCAGCAGCCAGAGGAGCCAGCGGCUCCCAAGCCCUUCACCCCCUUCGACUACAGCAAAUCCGACCUCCGGGUGUUUGCUGGAAGCAGCAGGCCCAAGCCGCCGUCGCAGUUCGAUCCCACCAAGCAAGCCGGGAAGAAAUUUUCUGGAGCCAGCAAAGUCCAGCAACCAGCUGGAACAAAAAGCAUGUCCUAUAUGGCUGGGAAGUCCAACAGAGGCUUCAAGCAUACCUGGCCAAAAAGAUAAGACAACGAAGGAACCUUUUGGAAGGGACUGUGGAACACAGCGUCAGAACAGUUAACGGCUUUUAAGUGAGAGUGGAACGCUGGUCACUGCUGCCACAUUUUGUAUGGAUACCUGUUGUUGCUUUUUUUAAAUUAAAAAAAAAAGAUUAAACUGCUUUUCUUCCCCCAGAAGGGCAGAAGAGAACGUCUUAA